AUGCUUCGAAUAGCGGAGUUAUCUCAUAGCGUCUUGAGCCCGAUGUCGUUUCGGGUCGAAUACAAGAGAGGUUCCAACGCGCCCGCCAUGUUUCAACGGCACGUGCGGUUUCAGGUCGACAUAUCAACAAUUACUAAAGCUCCAGGAGAGAACGGGAAGGAAUAUCUAUACGCUAUCACUUUUACUCUACUAUCUGGUAACAUUCGUCGUUUUCGUCGCGUUUGCGAAGUGGUGCAGGCAGCUGUUUGUAGGGCGCCGGGGGCGUCUCGGGCUCCGGCUAUACACCCCCCUUCUCCACGUGCGACUAGGAGAAAUAUACAACCGUUGAACGCAAACGAAAUCCCAGACAGUCCGGAGACGCCGCAGCAUCAAGAACAGGAUAGCGACUGUUCUGUCUUCGAGUCUCACACGCCUGGCAGCCAAACCUCCAUAGAACGACUGGAUCAAAACGGUACGCAUACAUUGGGGUCAAAUUCAUCUGUAGCUAGCGGGUCAAGUGGAUAUAAGCAGGGGGUAAGAUGUCGCCGCGCCGUAGAACCGGCUUCCGCUUCGCUUGACCACGAAAUUAUGAGUUGCGGCCGAGACUUGCCCGGUACACAUACAAAACGAUCGUCGUCAGAGUGCAGGGACUCAACGUCCUCGCCCCGGCGGGGACUCGAAUCUCGUGACUCGUCUAUAAAAGACGAACUCCGACGAAACAACUCGUUGCGGGAAAACCGUACACACAGAGGUGACGUCACGCCGACGUCUAUCGCGUGA